CCUCUCAGUCCAUGCCCGGCUCGAAUUAUUUCUUUGACACUCGUUUUAAUUGCAGCACGUAAAUACAUCGUGUUUUUCGUUUCACAAAUCUAUUAUUCAUCAUGUUCAACCUUGAUUGGAACGACCUCCUCCCCUUGGCAUAUGUUGCCGUGCUGGGCGGCUCACUCAUGGCAUUCUCGACUAUCUACCGGAAACGCCAGGCCGCUGAGAGUGCCAACCUGGCUCCGUGGUUUGGCCCUCAUCUCCAACGCAACGUCUACCUGUCCCUGCUGCACCUCGACGACGGCAGUGAAAAGAGCCCCAAGGUUCCCGAGAGUGUUCUCCGCGCUGCUUUGUUGCGCCGUGCCGUCGAGGAUAUCCGCCGUCUUAUCCAGGUCAAGUCAGCCAAGCAAGCCUGUGGUUCUUUGUUGGCAAAAGGCAGUGUAGGCGAUGAUCUGUGGCAGCGAUUCCAGCGCGCUGAGAAGGAGAUGGAGGAGGAGUUAAGAGAUGUCGUCACAGAGGCCAACGCCCUUGCUCCCAACUGGGGCCAGUCUAUCUUCCAAUCCGCCCACGAGAUGACCGCCAAUGCUGCCAUGCGCAGUUCGAUCGAGGAGAUUCUUGCCCAAGCCGAUUCAGAGAAGCAGUGGUGGGAGAAGCGCCGAGGACAGAUCCAGACAGAGUUCAUGAAGGAGCUCGAUUCUGAGCAGAGCUCCUCCGCCAAGGCCACCAGCGAGGAGGAUGCUGUUUUGGUUGAGGACCCUUCAAACUAGCGACAACAAUCAAACAAAGGUGGAGUUGCAGCGACGGAUUACACGGAUAAAGAUGUCUUUAUGUACACACAAUUUUGAACCUGUU